AUGCUUGGGCGGGUGACCGGAGUGGUGGCGAUUCUGCUGCUGGGUGGAGAGCCAGAACGAGAUACCUUUGCUGCGGAGCUGGCUUUCGACUUUUCUCCGCCCUUGGAAGUCUUCGCCAGCUCUCCCUCAGCCGGGGCGGAAGAACGCCUGAGACGUUUGGACAAGAUCGGCAAGUUGGUUCUUUCUCAUGAGGCCUUAGACACCGUCACGAACUUCUCGACGAUGAUUCCACAACUUAAGGAGGCCGGCAUUUCCAAAGUCCUCCUUGUGACAUCCUCAUACCACAUGCCCAGAGCAACUGCGAUUGCCAGCGUCAUGCUUGGGGCAAUUGGCAUUGAUUUUGAGCCUCACCCAGUGGCCUCGAGCAAACCAAUGGAACCACGCUGGAAGAUUUGGCGUGAUGUGGCUCGCGCUUGGAUUUGGAGAGUCACCGGAUGGGACUUCCGUUGGUUGUUGAAGAUCGUUUUGCCCUGGGCACGACGACAUCAGCCACAUCCGAGCAAUCUCUUGGUUGUAUGA